CGGCGCGGGGAGAUGGCGGCGGCGGCGGGCACGGCGGGUCCCGAGCCACCUGGCGUGCUGGGCUCGCUGCUGAGCCGGCUGCCGCUGGCCCCGCGGCGGCGGACCGCCAGCCAGUGCAAACCGGAGCCGCCGCUGCUGCGCACCAGCAAACGGACCAUCUAUACGGCGGGGCGGCCACCCUGGUACAGCGAGACCGGCGCGCCCGUGGACGAGGCCUUCGUCAUCGGUCUGUGCGGCGGCAGUGCCUCGGGUAAGACGACAGUGGCAACACGGAUCAUCGAGGCACUGGACGUGCCCUGGGUCGUGCUGCUCUCCAUGGACUCCUUCUACAAGGUGCUGGAUGAGGGGCAGCAGGCGCUGGCAGCCCGCAGUGACUACAAUUUUGACCACCCUGAUGCCUUUGACUUCGAGCUGCUUGUCAGUGUCCUCCGCAAACUCAAGAAAGGCAAGAGCGUGAAGGUGCCAGUCUACGACUUCACCACGCACAGCCGCCGCCGCGAGUGGAAAACAGUGUACGGGGCCAACGUCAUCGUGUUUGAGGGAAUACUGGCGUUUGCCAACAAGGAGUUGCUGAAGCUCCUGGACAUGAAAGUGUUUGUGGACACGGACUCUGACAUCCGGCUGGUGCGGCGGCUGCAGCGCGACAUCAUGGAGCGUGGGCGUGACAUCGUGGGUGUCAUCAAGCAGUACAACAAGUUUGUGAAGCCAGCCUUUGAGCAGUACAUUGAGCCCACCGUGCAGGUGGCCGACAUUGUGGUGCCCAGGGGUGGGGAAAACUUUGUGGCCCUGGACCUCAUUGUGCAGCAUGUGCACAGCCAGCUGGAGAAGCGCGAGAUCACUGUCAGGGCAGCUCUGGCCUCUGCCCACCAAGGGCAGCCCUUGCCGAAGACACUGAGUGUCCUGGAGAACACGCCACAGGUCCGAGGCAUGCACACCAUCAUCAGGAACAAGGACACAACUAGGGAUGAAUUCAUCUUCUACUCCAAGCGCCUGAUGAGGCUGUUAAUCGAACACGCCCUCUCCUUCCUGCCACUGAAGUCAGUCACUGUGGAGACGCCCCAGGGGACAAUGUAUGAAGGAAAGCGGUUCCACAGGCAGAGGAUCACAGGUGUGUCCAUCCUGCGCGCAGGGGAGACCAUGGAGCAGGCCCUCACUGCUGUCUGCAAGGACAUCCGCUUGGGCAAGAUCCUCAUCCAGACUAACCACGACACGGGUGAGCCCGAGCUCCACUACCUGCGUCUUCCCAAGGAGAUCAGUGAGGACUACGUCAUCCUCAUGGACAGCACCGUGUCCACAGGAGCUGCAGCCAUGAUGGCUGUGAGGGUCCUGUUGGACCACGACGUGCAGGAGGACAGGAUAUUCCUGCUUUCACUGCUGAUGGCUGAGAUGGGAGUACACUCUGUGGCCUAUGCCUUCCCCCGUGUCCGCAUCAUCACCACCGCCGUAGACAAGAGGGUCAAUGAGGAGUUCCACAUCAUCCCAGGCAUUGGUAACUUUGGGGACAGAUACUUCGGCACCGACGCUCCCUCUGCCUGGUGUGAGAGUGACAGCAUGGACUGCUGAGCUGGCCAGCUACAGGGCCAGUCCCUGCCUGUGCCCUCCGGAAGGGCUCUGAGCUGCCAGCCUAUGCCACCUACUUGCAGCAUGGCUCAGCCCUGACAGCCCCAGCUCGAGAAGGCCUUUGCCACCAGCCUUUCCUCCACCUCCAGGAGCCAUCCUCCCCUCGGAGUAGGAGGAGGAGCGGGGGGUGGAGGGAAGGACAGUGGCUCCUGCGCUCAUGGGGACAGGGUGGAUUCCUUGCCUCCAGAGCCCUGCCGGCUGUGCUGGGUGGUCUCCCUGUGGACCAUGCCUAGAGGGGUAGGCCAGUCACCCUCUUCUCUGGGGAGGUUGGGGGUGUAGAGUCCAGCCCCCUUGCAGCUUUCUCCAGGCCAUGGCUGGGCCCUGGGCAGGCUGAAAUUUGUAUUUAUUUGUAUUUAUUUUGUGCAGCUGCCCACCCAGCUCUCUGGCAGGGCUCACCAGCUACUUGAAAAACAUCAGGGAUUGGGGAUCUCUGCAAGGAACCACCUUGUCCCCACUGAUCUGACACUCCAUCCCCUCCCAGGCCGUGGCUGGCAGUGCCACGAGGUCAGGGACCGCUUUGCCCCGCACUGGCCAGAGGGUUUGAUAUUCAAACACUCUUCGCAGCGAGAUCCGGCUCCAUGGGGUCGGCUUGGGGACCAAACCAGGGCUCCUAGCCCCUGGAGGCAGCGAGCAAGGCCAGCUCGGCUGCCACCACCCUUCUUGCUCAGGUUUUUCACUGAAGGGGCAGCAGCAGGAGCAGGGAUUGCUCCAAGCAGGGCCCAGGCUCUGCGCCCCACUUUGCUGGCUGUGCCCCUGGCCCCAGGCGCUGCCCCCUCCCUGCUGCCCUGGCUGCCUUCGUUUUGUACCCCAAUAAAGGAGCAUCAUCACCCUGGGAUGGUA